UUCUGACAGCUUAUGUUGCAUUGUGUGGAAGGCUUUUUGUUAUUCCUCCGCUUAGUUCGUCACAUUUUUGACAGCUCUUUAGCGUUUGGUGGAAAAAGUAAAAAUUUUCAAAGUUGGUUAUAUAGGUCGAAAGCCGACUUGUGUUGUGUAAAAAAUAGUGCCAGUUUGUGGAUAAGAAGAGCGAAGCAAGCGAUAGACAGUUUCUAAUAAAAUUUCAAUGGAAGUUUGCUGGUAGAAGGCAUCGAAAUAUUUGCUCGAUUGGAGCAAUUUUGCCUAGUGGUGAAGUGCGUGUAAGGCAGAGAAAACUUAGCAAGCCUAGUGUUUUCUGCUGCCACAAUAUUGCUACGAGUUCAGGCGAAAACCGUAAAAUUUUUCAAGUCGAAAUCAAAAUAGCACAAUUUUUCGACACACCAGUAGUUUAAAAACCGUCAAGAUUGAGGAAAUAGAAGAAAUCGUGGAGACUGAGGAAGUAAUCCUCUCUCCAGAUGAAAUGCAACAUGAGUACGAAAUUACAUCGGUUCCGAUAGAAGCAACUCCUGUGAAGCGAACCGACAUUCGUGACUUGGCCCGUGAAGCCAAUUUCCAAGCAAAGCUGUUGCAACAAGAAAAUGAAGCUCAAGAGCUCAACUUUCAACCGGCCUCUAGUGCGGAAGAUACGGAGGGAUCAGACCAGGAGCAUGCCAUGGGCGAACAUAAUUUUAGUACCGAGCACGAAGGCGAACAUAUGGACAUGGAAGGUGUCAGUCCGAACACACAGUCCGCAAUCCGAAAACGCCGCGGUAACUUACCAAAGCAUUCGGUGAAGAUUCUCAAACGGUGGUUGUACGAACAUCGAUACAAUGCGUAUCCGAGUGAUGCGGAGAAGGUGACGCUAUCGCAGGAGGCAAAUCUUACGGUGCUCCAGGUUUGCAACUGGUUUAUAAACGCACGACGUCGUAUUCUACCGGAGAUGAUUAGGCGGGAGGGUCACGAUCCUUUGCAUUACACUAUCUCACGACGGGGUAAAAAGCUUAACAAUCAACUGGCCAACAUGAUGCCAAAUCCUAUUUCUAUGAGUCCUGCUUCCGAAGUCAUCGUUGGCGCAACCGAGGAAAUCAUCGAAGAGGAAGAAGUCAUUGAGGAAGGUGUACCCAAUAUAAUUACUUCUAGCAUUGGACAGCAGUACGUGCAAACUCCUAGUGGAUUGGUGAAGGUCGAAGAGGACGUAGACUUUGAGGACCACAUUAUCUAUCGGUCAGACGAAAGCAAUAUCGAAUAUGAAUAUCCGGAAGAGGAGGAGGAGGAAGAGUUACAAACGGAACAAACCGAAUGGGACGGCAUCAUCCGAUACGCCAAUGAUAAAGAUGAUGAAAUUCCUGAAGAAAUCACCGAAGAGGAAGUGAUCGCCUCCGACAGUCCCGUAAAUGAGUUCUUCACCACGACCCACACCAACGUCAUUCACCAACCACAAUUGCCACAAACGCCGAGCACAACCAACACAGUCGAAAAGCCAAAGAUUAUCAAAACAACACAAGUCUUCAGCAAUCCAGUUCCCGCUGGACUAACAAGGUUGCAGGUUGUGUCCAGUACGAUCAACACCGUAUCAAGUCCAGUUGUAACGACUGUUAAACCUAUGGGUACCACCAUUCUUACGACACCGUUAACGAUUGGCAAGGGGACGACGAUUAAGAAGAUUUUCACUACACCGGUGACGGAAACGAGCGCUAAACCCGUAACUCCGACAACAGUAACAGCUGUGCUAACGACGGCUAACUCCAACACCAAUAUCAAUAAUAAUAACAACAACAGCAGUAAUAACAACACCCAAAACAAUUCUCAACACACGACGACCGCCGUCAAAGUUAAAGGUGUUAUUCGCGACGACAAGGAUCAGUUUAAAUGUCUCUACUUAUUGGUGGAAACCGCCGUGGCUGUUCGUCAGCGGGAAAAAGAACAGGAUGACGUGCACGUUCUCGGCAAUUAAACACAAGUAAAGUAAGGUCAUCUAAUUCAGAGCACCCUUCCCUUCCUUCCCAUUACCCCGUACACAACAAACGACAAAACACCCGUAACACGACGUCGUUGUUUAAGCAGAUUAGAAAAAAAUUCGUUAUUUUUUCUAUAAAACAAAUAUAGAAAGCGAAACAAAACAUUGAUGAGAAUUUUACUACACUAUGUAAGGACAGAUUUAAGCUAGGUGAUAAUAUGAGGUAAAAUCGCGCACUCUGAGAAAACACUCAUAACAAACACACGAUUUAGCAAACUGCUGAAUAGAGCAACACCUGUAUAUACAUGGACUAUACACAUUUAUUCUUAAACGUACGACUAAUGCAGAAAAGGAUCAUAAAUGAUGAGAAAAAAACUACUAUUAAAGAUUAAUUAUUACUACUAGUUAGUAAGACGGUAGAGAGCACACAGAAAGCAAACGCGUUUUAUGAUUUUGACUGCAAGUUAUUAACAAACAACACAUUUGUCUACUCUAUUUUAUAUGUCGUAAUAUAGUUUAUUACAACGCAUAAUUUUCUAACAGGCAAGAAAAAACGUGAAAAUUUAAUUGUUUCGAAUAGAGAACAAAGAACAUUAGAAAUCAUCUAAAAUUGAAACUAAAGCGUUUUGCGAUGUCACUUGAGACGAAAUCGGAUGAAUGCAGUUUACGCUAAGGGUAAAAGUUAACGGUAAUCCUCUUCCAUAUUCUGCGUUAGUGUUUCAUUUUACGAUGGUGUUUCAGAAACUGGUAUUUUGUUUUUCAUUCAUAUAGAUAUUAGCGCAUAUUGAUUGCAGAUCGGGACGAUGUAAAAGCGAUAUUAAUGCUUCCAUUUGUUUGGGCUUAUGGAAGUUUAAAACAGGAACUCUGUGCACUGUGCUAACCCGACGUUAACCAUUCAUGCGACGAGAUCGAUUCAUAUUUUAGUCAUUCACCAGUAAGUGUGUCCUAUUUAAUCGAGUCAGCUUUAGCCAACUUCUUAGGAUUUUCUGCGGUUCAAACCUUCACGAUUUUUCCUGCUUCUGUUUUUAUAUACUUAUUUAUCAUUUUCUUGUUCUGUCGAGAAGGAAGCAAGGAAAUAAUUUCGGUACAGUUAGAAGAAAAAAAGAAAACAACUCUCAUUAUUAAGUACGUUUUAUAAAUAAAUGUAAAAACUCUAUUAUAUAGAAAUAAUCAAAAACAAUUUAAAUAAAAAUCCUUACGGAAAAAAUUAAAAACAA